AUCGAGCGGCUUCCAAGCUGUGUAAAGAACAAUAAACACCGACCUCAGCUGUCAGCCCUGAAUGUGGUAGCCUUUCUCUUGCCUUACCAUUAGCCUACCUGUGUGGUUUCUCUCUAAUGAAAGCAGAAUUUUGCCAAACAAAUGAAGGAGUGAGUUUGAAAGUGCGCAGCGGGUGCGAGAGAGAAGUCCAAAUAGAUUUUGGCACAAGUGAAGACGUACAGAUGGGUCUCCUCGCAAUGGGAUUUGAGUUGAAGAACACGUAACCAGUCAGAAGUCACCCUGAUUCAACCCGUUGUUAAGGUAACUGGGAACUUGAAAAGGCGUCUUUUGACCGCUGGGAUGUUGUGAGCGACGCGUCGCCUGGGACAGAAGGAAGAGGGGAACCAGGGCUGGACGAGCACCGGAGGGAUUAUGGCUCUCGCAACGUUUUCUCUCAGCCUCAUCACGCUGGCGCUUGCAAACUUGCACCUGUCGAGAGCCAGCGACCGGCAUGCGGUGUACUGGAACAGCUCAAACCUACUGCUAAGAAGAGAGGGAUACACGGUGCAGGUCAGCGUCAACGACUACCUGGACAUCUACUGCCCGCACUAUAACACCACCCAGCGGGGGACGCUGGAGCGCACCGUGGCCGAGCAGUACAUCCUCUACAUGGUCAGCUACCGUGGCUACCGCACCUGCGACCCCCAGCUGGGCUUCAAGCGCUGGGAGUGCAACCGGCCCCAUGCGCCUCACGCCCCCAUCAAGUUCUCAGAGAAGUUCCAGCGCUACAGCGCCUUCUCGCUGGGCUACGAGUUCAACGUGGGCCAGGAGUACUACUAUAUCUCCACGCCCACCCACCACCACGGCCACAGCUGCCUGAGACUGAGGGUCUAUGUCUGCUGCUCCACCGUUUCCCAGGCAGAUGAUGACUCCAGUCAGACUCCUCCCGACUACACAGUCAGGCCAAACAUCAAAAUACACAACAUUGAUGAAUUUAACCCUGAAGUUCCCAAACUGGAGAAAAGCGUCAGUGGCAGCAGCCCAUCACGUGACCGCCUUCUUCUCACCGUGGCGAUGAUGCUCGUGUCGGGCAUCUUUUUGUCCUAGCGACUGUCACCGUGAGUGACACUUCAUGCAUUGCUGGACCGCCUUGUCCAAAGGGCUUUGUAUCCACCAAGUUGUUGAUGUGAAAGUUGUCAGAAACACAGAAGAGAAUUAAGUAGAAACAGAACCACAAUCAAAAAGACACAGAAGUAAAUCCUUGAACUUACCUGGACU